AUGACGAUGGCAAAGGUGCACGGGGAGAAGUCGAAGCAGGAGGAGGUGUACGAGGUCUCCGGUCGACCAUUCGUUGAUCGCUUCCUGCAAGGUCAAGACGCUUGCAUCAUGGCGUAUGGACAGACUGGAUCUGGCAAGACAUUCACCAUCUUUGGCCCUGAGGAUGAACACGUCGAUCCUUUCGGCUGUUCUGAUUCCUCUGGUGUUGUUCCCCGAGCAAUACAGCAGAUUUUCAAAGCCAGAGAACAAAAUUUAGCAACAGGCGGAGGAUUGCUAGAAUAUUCAUUGUCGAUGGUAGAGGUGUAUGGAGAUGAGAUCAUCGAUCUUCUUGGAGAAGAAGAAGCAAAAGACGCCAAGAAGAAGGCUCUGUCUCACGUGGCUGUACUCCGGCGUGUCCAGAACCUCGACGAGUGUGCGAGAUUGCUUCAGCUGGGCUCGCAAAGAAAAACGAGAGCAGUUUCAAAAUCCGUUCUAGCAUCCGGGUCUCGAAACGUUCCAAACAAAGGAGACAGGAUUCAAGAGGCUAUUUACAUCAAUCUUGGCCUAUUGGCGCUUAAGUUGAGAAUGCAGAAUUGUGUUCGGGCGCUGGUGAACCAAGACCCCUACGUCCCUUACUCCAACUCAAAACUCACCCUCCUCCUCCGACGUGCCCUGGGCGGCAACUGCGUGACUUCAGUGAUAGUGACUUGUGCGUGCGAGAAUCAGAAUGCGGCGGAGACGAUAGAGUCACUACGUUUCGGAGAAGGUCUGCGGCUGCAACUCUUCCUGACCCGCAAACACUCGCAGCAUGGUCGUGGCCAGCGCAGCUCUCCAAGAGCUGGAAGCAGAGAUAUCAGCGGUUGA